AGUCGCACGAUGGUACCUACGGAACUUUCUUGACAGCAGUAUAAAAGCGAUCUGUAAUUCGAUAUUCGAUAUCAGUGAAUCUUCAGCUGUUUCAUUGUGAUUUAUUCGAGACGAUGGCAUUCAAGCUUGUUCUGUUGGCAGCCGUAGCCGUAGUGGCUCAAGCGGGUGUAGCUCCAGUAGCAGUGGCGGGUCCAGCGGUGAUAGCUAAACUAUCCGACGAUACCUUUGAUCCAAACCCCCAAUACUCCUUCGCCUACGACGUCAAAGACACCGUAACCGGAGACUUCAAGAACCAGGUUGAAAGCAGAAGCGGCAACAUCGUUCAGGGCCAAUACUCUCUGGUGGAACCCGAUGGUACUCGUCGUAUCGUGGACUACACCGCCGAUCCAAUCAACGGGUUCAACGCAGUCGUGAGCAAAUACCCACUUGGCGCCGUUGUCGCUAAAGCCGCCCCUGUAGUAGCAGCUCCAGUACCAGCCGUUGCCGCCCCAGUAGUUACAGCAGCCCGAUUCGCCGCUCCUGCCCCAAUCGCCGCUGCCGUUCCUGUAGCCGCUAGAGUGGCUGGAAUUCCAGCUCCAGUAGUUGCAGGUCCGGCUCUAGCCCGUUUCGCCUCUCCCUACUAUGCCCCAGCUCAAUACGCAGUUGCCGCACCCUUGAGUUAUCCAGGUGGAUUAGCGAGGGUGGCAGCUCCCUUGACCUAUGCCGCGUUAUAAUCUGAAGAUUCUGCAUUUUAUUGGCUUGUAUAUAUUGUAAAUUCUGUUAUUCUUCAUAUCGGACAAUAAAUGUUCAUCAGCAUAA